CCGCCGCCGCCCGCCACCCGCCACGACCCCAGUCCCCCGCGGGCGGGCGGAGGAGGCGGCCGCUGCGCUCGUCCUGCCGCCGGACGCGCCGCGAUGCGCAGAGGGGCCGCGCCGCCCGGGGGCCGCUGCCGCCGCCGCUGCUCCGCACCAUGAGGCUCCGCAGCAAGGCGGCGGCGCUGCUCCUGCUUGCGCUGGCCGCGCUGCUGCUCGCCCUGCUGCCCCUGCGCGCCGGCCGCGCGGAGCCCCCCGCGCCGCCCGCGCGCCCCGUGUCCGCCCCGCAGCGCCGCCCCGCGCCGGGCCCCGCGCGCCUGCCAGAGCCGGGCGCUCUCCCGGGGGCCGGCCCGCCGGGCGCUCCGAGGCGCCGACCCCCGCGCCCGCGCCCCCGAGCUGGCCGCCGGGGCGCGGCGAACCUGGAGAAGUUGGUGAGGAGGCCCGGAGAUCCCAGGAGUUUGCAAGCCGGGCCGCCGCCUGAGUUCUGGAUCCACCUGGCCGUGGUGGCCUGUGGCAAUCGGCUGGAGGAGACGCUGGUCAUGCUCAAAUCAGCCGUGCUCUUCAGCCACAGGAAGAUCCAAUUUCACAUCUUCACUGAGGAGUCUCUGAAGCCUGAGUUUGACAAGCAGCUCCGAGAGUGGCCUGACUCCUAUACCAGGAAGUUUGAGCACAGAGUGUACCCCAUCACGUUUUCUGUCGGAAACCCUCAGGAGUGGAAGAAAUUGUUCAAACCCUGUGCCGCCCAGAGACUCUUUCUUCCGGUGAUUUUAAAGGAUGUGGAUUCUCUUCUCUACGUGGACACAGACGUCCUCUUCCUAAGGCCCGUUGAUGACAUCUGGAAGCUUCUGAGGAAGUUUAACUCCACUCAGCUGGCAGCCAUGGCCCCCGAGCAUGAGAUCCCAAAGAUUGGCUGGUACAGCCGCUUCGCCCGGCACCCUUUCUAUGGCUCUGCAGGCGUGAACUCGGGAGUCAUGUUAAUGAAUUUGACCCGGAUAAGAAGCACCCAGUUCAAGAACAGCGUGAUUCCCACGGGCUUGGCGUGGGGGGACAUGUUGUACCCUCUGUACCAGAAAUACAAGAAUGCCAUCACAUGGGGAGACCAGGACUUGUUAAAUAUCAUUUUCUAUUUCAACCCAGAGUGUCUCUAUGUGUUCCCGUGCCAGUGGAACUACCGGCCUGACCACUGCAUGUAUGGAAGCAACUGCAAGGAAGCUGAGCGUGAAGGCGUGUCUGUGCUGCACGGGAACAGAGGCGUCUACCACGACGACAAGCAGCCAACGUUCAGGGCGCUCUACGAAGCGAUACGGGACUUUCCCUUUCAAGACAAUCUCUUUCAAUCCAUGUAUUACCCGCUGCAGCUGAAGUUUCUGGAGACUGUGCACACUUUGUGUGGACGAAUUCCCCAGGUCUUUCUGAAGCAAAUCGAGAAGAGCAUGAGGAGGGCUUAUGAGAAACACGUCAUCAUCCACGUAGGCGCCCACCACCAGAUGCACUGAGCGUUUCCCCCGCUGCGAGUCAGUCGGGCAUCUUGGGACCGGGGAAAAGCUUCUUCCAGCUGCCUGUGCCUCUCGUGUGUGACCACUUAAUGGUGCUCCACCACUGCCGAGUUGAAAAGGACUCGUUAAAUUUCCCUAAACUAGUUGGCCCUAAAAGGGAAUAUGCUUUUCUUCAUGUUUUUCUAAAAUGCUAUUUAUCUUUUUUUUUCAUGAACUAUUUUUAUGCAUUUAACAUUGUUCAGGCAGGUUGCACCAGCUGGGAAAAGGAACUUCUGUGAGUCUACAGGUAGGCCUGAGAUGCGUCUGAAGACAUUUUAGUGGAGUCGGGCGUGGCUUAUGCCCAAGAAGCUCCCACACUCUUGGGAUAAAAGUAGUUAUCUCCUUGAGAAGCAAACAAGCAAAUGUGUACAGAACAUAGAUAAAGGAGGCAAAGGCAAGAUUCGCUUAGCCAUAAUCCUACCCACUCGUGGGGAAGAUGGCAGCCACUUUGAUGGGCUCCUUCUGACCCCUUUCUCUACCUCUCUACUUUCCUUGUAAAACAAGCCAUCUCAGUAAAAGUCGACCUCUUUGCUGAGAUUUUUGUGUAAAAGACUAAAAAGUUGGACAUUUAAAAUACACCCGGGGAGUAGGCAUUUUGCUUAGGAACCAGGAUGCCCAGGCCCCAAAUCCAAGUGUUGGUUCCCGGCUCCAUAUCCUGAAUCCAGCUUCAUGCUAAUGCAGACCCUUGGAGGCAACCCUGAUGGCUCAAAUGAUUGGGUUCUUGCCACGCACACUGGGAAUCUGGAUAGUGUUCCUGGCUCCCAGCUUUGUCCUUGGCCCAGCUCUGGCCAUUUUGGGCAUUUGGGACAUGAACCAACAGAUGGGAGCACUCUCUCUCUGCCUUUAAAAAAAAAAAAUCUGGAAGAAACAUUCAGAUUUCAGCUAAUUCGACAGUGUUAAAGAAUGAAGCAUGUUUCUUUAAAAAAAAAAAAUUAUGGAAUGGGCCUGGGAAAAAAGCAAAGAUAGCCAAAGUAUGUGAGUCCCUGCCACCAUGUGGAGACCCAGCUGGAGUUCCUGGUUUCUGGCUUUGGCCUGGCCUAACCCAAGCCAUUGAAGCCGUUAGGGGAGUAAAUCAGUGGAUGGAAACUCUCACCCUCCACUCCUACUGUCUCUCCCUCUCAGUCUGUCACUCUGCCUUUCACAUAAAUAAAAUAAAUCUUUUUAAAAUUUUUAAUUAUGUAAAUUUUAGGAAUCAUACCAGCUGGCACUAUGGCACAGUGGGUUAAGCCACCAUCUUCAGUGCCAGGAUCCCAUGUGGGUGCCAAUUCAAGUCCUAGCUGCUCUACUUCCCAUCUAGAUCUACUCCCUGCUAAUGCACCUGGGAAAGCAGUGGAAGAUGCCCCAAGUACUUGGGCCCCUGCACUCACAUGGGAGAACUGGAAGAAGCUCCUGGCCCAGCCCUGGCUAUUGUGGCCAUUUGGGGAGUGAACCAAUGGAUGGAAGAUUUCUCUCUGUCUUUCCUCUCUCUAUCUCUCUCUCUGUAACUCUUCCAAAUAAAUAAAUCUUAAAAAAAAAAAAAUCAUAACAAAUUCCCAUGCAACAAUAGCUUCUGAAAGGAAAUUCAGUAAUUGUAUCAAACCCAAGGAGUCUUAUUGGCAGAGAUGUGAUUUUGAAUUUAUAUUCAGGCAGAAAUAUUUUAUCUCUUCAGUUAUUUGUAGGGGUGGUCAUCUUCCUUCUUUUUAAUUUUUUAUUAUUUAUUUGAAAGGCAGAGUUAUAGAGACAGAAGCAGAGAGAGAGAGAGAGAGGUCUUCCAUCCGCUGGUUCACUCCCCGAAGGCCAGAGCUGCACCAGUCCAGCCAGGAGCCAAGAGCUUCUUCCAGAUCUCCCACGCAAGAGUAGAGAUCCAAGGACUUGGGCCAUCUUCUGCAGCUUUCCCAGGCCAUAGCAAAGAGCUAGAUUGGAAAUGGAGCAGCUGGAACUUGAAUUAAUGCCCAUGUGGGAUGACCAGCACUGCAGGCAGCAGCCUAAUCUACUUCACCACAGUGCCGGCCCCUCAUCUUCCUUCUUUUAACUCUUGGGCAAUGGGGUAGAAGUGUAAGGCCAAUGUCAACUGUUGUGUAUAUAAAAUAAAUAGUUUAGCAAAUUCCAGUGGCAACAAAAUUCAACUUUAAAUUUUUAAAUAUUAAAGUCCCUUUCAUUUUUUUUUCUGCAAGAGAGCUUGCAGGUCUUACUACCUUGGUACAGUGGAGGAAGUUCUGUACUCUGUUCCCCAAAGGGACCUGACUUACAGUUGGUAUCAGCGCAGGGGCAUUUUGCAUAAUGCUUUAUUUAUCUCAAAUGACUUUUGCAAAUGUGAUCACUCUGAUAUUUGCAAACUCUACUGAACUUAGUAGCGGUCCACAUCAUCUCCACUAGGUAAAUAAGGGAAUUGUAACACAAAGAAAUGAAUGUACCAAAUAUAACUCCUGCUCUGUAAGACACACAGGCCUGUGUACGUCGUGCAUCCUGUCUUACAGAGAAAGAAUGGGAAAAAGCAAUAUAAAAACCUUUCAUCAUAAGCGGAAAGCAGUCUGAAAGUGUCAAGUGAGAAAUAAUAUUUGCUAAUGUAAAUAUGGUAUGCUGUGAAGUAUAGGUGCAAUAUCAGCAGAAAAUGUCUUACUCUGAGAAGAAGCUGUGAAAACCUCAGCACUAGUAAGAGGUAAAUAGAUAUCAGUCAGUAUUGGUAUGUGGCACCCUGAUGGUAGUAGCAAAUUUAAAUCUAAAAUUUUAGAGUGAUAACUCAUCUUUUCCUUUGGCUCUGUUGGGUGGCCUUUGGUUUUUUUUUUGUUUUGUUUUUGUUAAGAUGUGAAACUUAUUUUUGCCUUUAUAUUUUGUUUCCUUAUUUCACCACUAGGGCAGUGCUGCAGGUGAUAUCAUUCAUUCUUUUGUAGCUUUGGUGCCAGGCGUUCCAUCCAUGGUAUGGGCACAUAGGAUUUGGAGAAAUUUUGAAUUGUCAUUUGGUUGGGGGGCAGGUGCAUCCUACAUACCCCCAAAAGAAGGUUUUAGUGAGAGACCCGGGGUGAGAACACAAUCCUCUCACUUCUAGGCUUCUUUCUCCUUGUUCAGAAUGGUCAGUAAGACCCACAGCUCUCUCUCAGACUUGCUGCGGCUCCCAGACGUAUAAAGAGUCCCCUCUGUCCUCUGGGAAGUCCCACAAAGAACUGCUGCGAAGACUUGAAACACAACGAUACUUUUCCUUUGUGAGAGUCAGGUUGACCCCAACUCUCAACCACUGGCGGGACAAGGUUGCCAGCAACGUCAAUGACAGAACCUUGGAACGUACCAGAAUGAUGAACCAUGAGCCUGUGAAAAACGUAGAACCUAGUCUGAUUUUCUGCCUUGGAAUUCCUGUGCUGCCUCCUGAAAUUUUAGGUGAGUAUGGCAAAGAAUUUAGGGCCCAUUUGUUCUUCCAGCCCCUACUGCCAGCAGGUGCAAGUUGUUUUCUGUAAUAUUUUCUCUGUUUUCAACAAUUCUCAGCAAACUAGCUCAUUCAUACCUUUAAAAUUGAGGCACUACCAAGUUGAAUUCAAUGGGCUUAUUUUAAAAAAAAUCACUAUCAUUUUUUUUUUAUUAUUAUACAAGAGGCAAGAGAAACACAGACAGAGAGAGCUCCUAAUAGCUGAUUUCACUUCUCAAAUGCCCUCAGUGGCUGAGGCUGGACCAGGGGCUGAAGCCAGGAGCAAGAACCUCAAUCCAGGUUUCCUACAUGAGUGACGGGGACCCUACUGCUUGAGCCAUCACUGCUGCCUCUCAGGGCUUGCAUUGGUAGGAAGCUGGAAUCAGGAGCUGAGCUGGGAUUUGAACCUGGGCACUCUGAUGUGGGAUGUGGGCAGCUUAACUGCCAGACCAGAUAGAUGCCUGCCCCAGUGGAUUUCUUCAACAUGUCAUCUGUGGUCUGAAGUCUGCCAGAGGUUGUGUUGCGUCUUACACUGCAUGGAGUCCAUACUGGGAAGACCAAGGACAGGUUCCGUCUUCUGUCCUGCCCUCUCUGCUCUUCUCCUCUCUUCUGUUCUCAUUUCUUUCAAGGCUCUGCUUCAUGACUAUAACUAAGUAGUUUCUUUGGAGAAGGAAAGAAUGCUCUCUUCUAGCAAAAUGUGCUGGGAGGCAGCGGUGAUUGCUCAAGUGAUUGGGUUCCUGCCAUGCACAUGAGACCUGGAUUGAGAUCACAGCUCUUAGCUUCUGUCCCCAGCCCAGGCUGUUGCAGGCAUUUGGGGACAGUGGACCAGCAGAUGGGAAUCUUUCUCUCUCUCAAAUAAAAAAGAAGAAGAAAAGAUGAGGCAUUCUAUGGCAGAGUCACUAGAAAUGCUGACAGUAUUGUUCUUACUGAGUCUUUGUCCAAUACAAAUCUCAGAAACUGUGACUUACAUUGAAAACUCCAGUAUUUUGAAACUUAACUUGCUAGAAAAUUGAUUGAAGUUUUGCUUUGACUUGCAGAAUGACAAUCUAGCUUUUGUGGUAUAAUGCUCCAAGCUUUUCUAUUCAUGUGAAAUCUCUAUUGAAUAUUCAAUGCUUCUGUUGCAAAUUGUGACUUUUACUGGAUGUGGUAUGGAGAUGGGUGUUUAUAUGGACUCCCAGAAGUUUGGGAGUAUUUUGUUUGUUGAAAUGAUGGUUCAAAAACAAACCACACCACACAGAACCCUGCUGUUAUUCACAGGGAUGGGUCACAAGAUGAUGACCCAAUAAAGGGAACAAAGCACUCCGACCCACCCUGAAAACCACAGCAUUCAUACAAAUUAGAUUUGUAUUCACAUUUCCUGGUACUCAGAGGGAUGAAAAGAUAAAUUGCACGUGUUUGGUCAGCCAAAAUGAACAUAUUUCACAAACAAAUCCAGAAAUGCAUUGAGUUCUAUGGGAAUAUGUCAUUAUACUCCUAUUUAAUAGGAAGGAAGGCAAGUUUUCUUUCUUUUUUUUUUUUUUUUUUUGGUCCUCUCUUUUUUUCGUAUUCUUUUUCAUUUUUGCUUUUCCCUGGGUAAUACAAGAAGCUUGGCUGUGGUGGCAGAAGUGACAGAGCUUGGGGAUCCCUUUGCAGAUAGAACUGAGUUCUAAUCCUGGGAUCAAAUCUUUAUGAUGAGAGUUUUCUAGAAAUUAAAAAAAAAAUUGUCAUGUCAUUUAUACCUUUUAUGCCUCUUAAAGGAGGCGCCAAUGUGUGUUGUCCCUAAGAACUGAGCCGUCCUAGAUGGCCAAGCCUUAGAGCAAACCACACCACAAUUAUAUUGCUGGUAUAUAAAGCCGAUGAGAUUUCUCCAGCAAAAAGAGAGCUUUGUUCUAGUUUUUCUUCUUCACAGGUCAAAACUGGAAAUACUCUCUGGAGUCUGUAAGAUAGAGCACUUGUGUUUGUCCACCGUAUACGCGAACAUGUACAAAUUGAGAGCAACUCCGCUGCAUCGUUGUACAUGUUUGUGUUGUCAAACGUUUAUAGCUCCCAAGGAGACCUUGAAUGCAUUUUAUGUUGGGGAAACUUAAUUUUUUGUAGCAUUUGCUUGAAAGGAAAUGAUCAUAAAAAGAAUACUCCAAAGAAAAAUUAUUGCAGCAAAUAAAAAGGAAUACUAAGUAUUAUGAUUUAAUUACUGUGUCGUCUGUUUAAAUGCCAUCUUAUGUUUUGUCUUUGUUUUUUUAAUUAAAAUCUUUUAAAUACA